AUGCUUAAAGGGUUACUACCGCUGGAGAGGCAUUUCCAUACCACCAGCAGAGCAGCUAAAGUCUCUAGAUUAAUCGAAAUCGGCGAAAAGUGGAAAGAAAAAACACUCAAAGGGACGCCAUCAUUGUUCCGAGAUGAUGCUAAUAAAAAUAUUUAUAUAUUAUCGAUGUUUCCAUAUCCAUCUGGUAUACUGCAUAUUGGGCAUUUGAGAGUAUAUGCUAUCAGUGAUUCGUUGAAUAGAUUUUACCAGCAGAAAGGUUACAACGUUAUUCAUCCCAUGGGAUGGGACGCAUUCGGAUUACCUGCUGAAAAUGCUGCCAUUGAAAGAAAUAUUGAUCCCUCUGUCUGGACAGCGCAUAAUAUUGAGAAAAUGAAAAGUCAAAUGGGCAAUAUGCUAGCGAAUUUCAAUUGGGAGAGAGAGCUUACUACAUGUCAUCCCGACUACUAUAAAUUUACUCAACUCAUAUUCUUAAAAUUAUUUAAGAAUGGCUUAGCGUAUCAGAAAGAGUCUGAAAUCAAUUGGGAUCCAAUUGAUAAGACUGUCUUGGCGAAUGAACAAGUGGACUCUCAAGGAAAAUCGUGGAGAUCGGGAGCAAUUGUGGAGAAGAAAUUAUUAAAGCAGUGGUUCCUAGGAAUAACAAAUUUUGCUCAUGAUUUGCGAAGUGACUUGAAGGCACUGAAAAACUGGCCAUCAAAGGUGAAAGCAAUGCAAAAUAAUUGGAUCGGCGAAUCAGCGGGCAGUGAUAUUAUGUUUGAAACUAACGAUCCUCAAUUCAAUUUUAUUAAGGUGUUUACAACAAGGGCAGAAACUCUUUUCAGCGUCGAAUAUCUAGCGCUUUCAUUGGGUCAUCCUAUCGUUAAGAAACGCGCAUCGUCAAGCAGUGCGUUUGAAGCCCAGGUAGAAUCUGCUCAAGCCCUAGAUGAAGAUUCCAAAAAGGGUUUUCUUAUUCCAGAUAUUACAGCAUUCAAUCCAUUAACAAAAAAAAAAAUACCUGUUUAUGUGGCCUCCUAUGUUUUGGACAAUUAUGGGCACGGUGCGGUCAUGGGAUGCCCUGCCCAUGAUGAUAGAGACUUCCUGUUUUGGAAGGAAAACAACGGCGAGUCACCUAUAAUACCCUGCCUCGCCCCAUAUCCGAGUACCACACAAUCGAAUGAGUUACCUUUUAUUUCACAGGAGGCGGUUAUGUCGAAAGGUACUGGAGAAUAUGAAGGCCUAUUUUCCACCGAGGCGAGAAUAAGAAUUACAAACAAAUUACAAGGGAUGAGUUUAGGUGAGAAUGUUAUACUUUACAAGCUAAGAGACUGGUUGAUAAGUAGGCAGAGAUACUGGGGAACGCCGAUACCGAUUGUACAUUGCGACCAUUGUGGGCCUGUUCCUGUUCCUGAAAGUGAAUUACCGGUUGUUCUUCCUGAAGUGAAGGGUCUGAACUCGAAGGGAAAUCCAUUAUCUCAGAUUCCGGAGUUUGUUAACACAAAGUGUCCUUCUUGUGGUGAACCUGCAAAAAGAGAAACUGAUACAAUGGAUACUUUUAUGGAUAGCUCAUGGUAUUUUUUCAGGUUUCUUGACCCAAAUAAUGAUAAACUUCCUUUCAGUUACGAUAAAGCAACAAAAAAUAUGCCUGUCGAUCUCUACAUUGGUGGUGUCGAGCAUGCGAUCUUGCAUCUUCUAUACUCGAGAUUCAUCUCAAAGUUCUUGGCUUCUAUUGGAAUGUGGGACGGAACACAAUUGAAAAAUGAGCCAUUCAAGCGAUUAGUAACUCAAGGCAUGGUGCAUGGAAAAACAUUUGUAAACCCUCAAAGUGGCCGCUUUUUGAAACCUGAUGAGAUAGAAUGUACAAGUGACUCAGAAAAACCAUUUCUCAUAAAAGGGACAGAAAUUGAGCCAAAAAUAUCACAUGAGAAAAUGUCCAAAUCCAAAUACAAUGGUGCUGAUUUCAAUGAAUGCAUUGCAAAACAUGGUCCUGAUGCAACGAGGGCCCAUAUUUUAUUCCAAGCCCCGAUAGAGGAUGUUCUCAACUGGGAUGAAAAUAAAAUCAUCGGUGUUGAACGUUGGUUGCUCAAGACCAUGACUUUAGCAUCGAGCAUUUCUCAAAAAGGAUCAUUUAAAUUAGAGUAUCAGAUUCCGUCUGAUCUGAACCAGGCAGAAGCUAUGUUUCACAAUGCGAUACAAAAGCUGCUGAGUUCGAUCACCAACUCAUUUGAAAGAUAUCUGUCUCUUAAUACUGUGAUUUCGGACUAUAUGAAGCUAACAAACCUUCUAGAUGGCGCGAUGAGAAAUGGUCAGGUCAGAGAAGAAAUGUUGAUGCUUAAUUUGAAAAAGCUUGCAACAGUAAUGUAUCCUGUUGUCCCAUCAGUAUCCGAAGAACUUACUGAAAUAAUUAAUAAAAGUCAAAAUUGGGAAUGGAAUCAAUACAAAUGGAUCUCGGUAGAACCAACAAUGGAGUCUAAGGAAAAAAGUUUUCAAAUUGUAGUGAACGGAAGAAUGAAAUUCAUGCACGUCGCAGACAAAGACUUCAUAAAAGGCAAUAGAGAUGUGAUUCUGUCCCAAUUGAUGGCUCUUCCUGAAGGUAAAAAAUACCUAUCCAAUAAAAGAAUCAAGAAACUUAUUAUGAAAAAUAACGUCAUUAGUUUCAUUCUAGAUAAGAAGUGA